AUGAGUUGGUGGCGGACCUUUUCGGGGCGCGCUCGGCGCGAAACACUGCUCCAGGGCUCUCCUGCGUACAAAUGGGCUGUCUGGACGGCGGGCAUUGGCGGGGGGCUCGUGUGGAUCUGGGAAACAGAGAAAAACGCUCCUGUGUCGGAGCGGAGAAUCUUCUUGCCGGCGAAGCGCGAGGUGAUGAUGAGUGAGGCGGAGAUCAAAAAGUGGAAUGAGAGGUACAGCGGAGGCGUCGCGUUGAUGUCGCCUCCUCCCCCUCCCGCUGAGUCAGACGACGCAGCAGCGGCUCGCCGCCAGAGAGGCUCCGCAGGCCGACGAGGCAAUGACAAUCCCGGCAGAGAAGCCGGAGAAGGCCCGAUCCUCUUUCGGUCGCUGCACCAGCCCUCCAUACAUCUCGAAGAGAUUCAGCGACAACCGGAGAUUGAGCGGCGAAACCGGUCGCGGGAAAAAGAGCGAAGACGGCGACGCAAAGAAAUGCGGGAGUAUGAGGAGGCGCAGGAACGCACCGGCCGACGUGCCGCAGUGUCCGUCGAGGAAGCUCGUGAGAAGCUUAGAGACGACUUGCGCAGAGAUCGGGAUAGAGACCGCGGCGGGGGAGACCAGACAAACUGGUACAGGAAGCAGUCAUACUUUGGGAGCUUGCGAUGA